UGCUCUUUCCCAUGUCAGAUUAAUCAUCUCUCCGCCUCUCUCUCCGCCGCCGAUGGAGGCCGCCGGCGAAGAUCAAGAAGCCGUUCUCUUCCACUCAUAUCCAUGUGCUUAUUACGUCCAAAGCCCCUCCACCGUCUCCCACGCCAACAGCUCCGACAUCCGAAACGCGGCCGAGUCGUCAGCCUGCCACUCCCCUCUCCGCUCCGACACCUUUCCCACCGGCCACCACCACCACCACAACGCGACCCAGGAGGCCUCUCGAGUCACCCUCUCCCGCUACUCCUCAUCUCGCGAGUCCAACCACGGGGCCGGGACCGACAAUGGCGAGGCCCGCCUGAUCGUCGGUCGUGGCAACGGCCGUGAGGGGGACGAGGAGCGGGAGGAGGACGGGGCCGGAGACGAGGAAGGGUAUUAUGGGAAGAAGAGGAGAGGUUGUUGGAAGACAUAUUUUACGUAUAGGAAUUCAGAUUCAAAUGCAUGGAUUUUAUUGCAGCUAAGUUGGAGGGCAAUUUUCAGCAUGGGAAUUGCUUUGCUUGUGUUCUAUAUUGUCACUAUGCCUCCCUCGCCCAACAUUUCUGUUAAGAUGGGAGGAGUGGAAGAGUUUAUGCUGGGGGAAGGAGUGGACAAAACAGGAGUUGGAACUAAGAUUCUAACAUGCAAUUUCACAAUGGAUGUAACUGUGGACAAUAAUUCUAAGCUCUUUGGCCUUCACAUUCUUCCUCCAUCUCUUCACAUCUCAUUUGGGCCUCUCCCCAUUGCAACUUCUCAAGGUGCAAGAUUGUAUGCAGAGAGUGGAACGACGACGUUCCAGUUAAGCGUUGGCACAAGCAAUAGGGCAAUGUAUGGUGCGGGGAGGAGCAUGGAAGACAUGCUUGAAUCAGGAAUGGGAUUGGAGCUCAUGAUUCGACUCAAUUUCAUCUCCAAUUAUCGGGUGGUUUGGAAGAUUAUAAGGCCCCACUUUCGCCACCGUGUCGAAUGCUCAUUGGUUCUCGGGAAAGGAUACGAUAGGAAGCGUCACACACGAUCCUUCAAUAGUACUUGCUUAACUUCUUGAUAUUAUAUUGUCAACUAACAAUUUUUUAUUUUGUCAACUUGAGCAUAGUUACGUUCAACUAGUUUAAAGCACCUAUUUCUGAUUAAUAAGUCGUAAGAAAAAAUUAUAAAGAGACCCAAAAUUUGUUUGUUCUUUAUUAAAUAUAUAGUAUUGGUA